GGGAUGCGCGUUCAUCUAAAUGUGUUGUCAUGAGUUGGGGUGUUUAGGGAAAAACCAACACUGUUUGGUCAUCUGGUAAAUCAGAAGGCCUGUGGACCAUAAGUAACCAACUCCCUCCUAUCCAAUUUGGAAUCAAGUGGAGUAGCUCCAGGCCACAGUGAAUGCAGUAGUGCAUGAUGGCUUUAUAAUAGACAAGUGUGUGUGUGUGUAUAUGCAGAGGUAAAAUCAUCUGCCGUCCAUCUAGGCCCAAACAGGGUCUGCUCAGCCACCCACCUCCUGCUGGAUGCAUCUGAUACUUGUUCUGUGAUAACCGGAAGGUGGUAAACUAUGUAAGAAUUCAGAUUCCUAAUGUCUAUCUGAAAGUGUGUCAUGCCAGCUGUAAAAACAACUGCUGAAAUGAUGGUGACUAAAAUAAGUCUGCUGUGUAACUUAGUGCUUGGAUAUGCACACACGAAACUACACAUUCAACCAUAAGGGGGCAGUAAGAUGCCACAUAAAAGUCCUUUAGUUGCCCUCAAUGAGUCAAACCCCACCCCAGUUGCAACUACACCAGUUUUAGACACUGCCUUCACAGUUUUCGGCCCCUCCUCUCCGUGUAUGGUGAGUAUAUCACAGAGCUUGUGAGAAGCUUCAUGUCAAGUAAGCUGAACUCCAGGAGAGCUGCCACCGCUUCCCUGGGGGAGGAGGGAACCACCAGCACAUGGGGCCAUGGAUGCCUCAGAGGAAGAGACCCGUUUCUGUGUCCGCGUGUUCUGUCUGAGCGAAGACCAGCUGCAGGGUGGCAUUCAAGUCGCUAAAGAUGGGCAGCACCGGGAUCUGUUGUUACAAGUCAGUCCAGAGGGGAAGGGGGUCAGCUUGGUCUUGAUGGAUGAUGACAGGACCUGUGUCCUCAAGAUCACCAUCACCUCAGAGACAGACUGUUGCCGUUUCGGAGCCCAGUCCUUCCUGGUCUCCAGGGGCAACAUGAGUUCUGUGUUGUGCUUCAGGACAUGCUCAGAGUACCAAGCCUUCCAAAGACUCCUGAGCCACAGGACGGAGCCUCGGGUGGAGGAACACUGUGUGUUUGACCAGCGAGUCGAAGGCUCCACAGCACUUCAGCACUUCCAGUCUUCUGGCUGUUUAUUACAACAGCAGAACAUGCUUCAGGACUACCUGAGGACUGCUACUUACCAGAAGGCCAUUCUCCUGAAUGAGGUGGACUUCAAAGAUAAGAUAGUGCUGGAUGUGGGCUGUGGAACGGGGAUUUUGUCAUUUUUCGCGUUGCAAGCAGGUGCCAAAAAAGUGUAUGCUGUGGAGGCGAGUGCUGUGGCCAAACAUGCAGAGGUUCUUGUGAAGAGCAAUGGUCUGUCAGAUAAAAUCGUAGUUUUGGAAGGAAAGGUGGAAGAGGUCACGCUACCUGAGCAGGUGGACGUUAUUAUCUCAGAGCCCAUUGGCUACAUGCUGCUGAAUGAGAGGAUGCUGGAGGGUUACCUGCAUGCCAAGAAAUGGCUUAAGCCCAAAGGUAUGAUGUUCCCCACCUUCAGUGAUAUACACCUGGCACCAUUCACAGAUGAACAACUCUACAUGGAACACAAUGCACGCUCCAGCUUUUGGCAACAGACCUGUUUCCAUGGCGUCAAUCUGAGUGGGCUUCACAGCGCAGCUGUGGAUGAGUUCUUCAAACAGCCAAUUGUGGACACAUUUGAGUGGCAGAUUUUAAUGGCUCGGUCCACAAAAUACACUAUUAAUUUUCUUGAGGCAAAGGAGGAGGACUUACACAGGCUGGACAUUCCCUUUGUGUUCAAGUUGUCACAAACAGGACUGAUCCAUGGAAUUGCCUUCUGGUUUGAUGUUGCCUUUGUUGGAUCCAGAAUGACUGUAUGGCUCUCAACAGCCCCAAACCAGCCUCUGACUCAUUGGUACCAGGUCCGCUGCCUCCUUCAGACACCGCUGUUUGCCAAAACGGGGCAAACGUUAUCAGGGAAAGUUCAACUCAUAGCCAAUAAGAGGUACAUAAGUACUACAGGAAUUAUUCUGAGAUAUUUUCUACACAAUCCUUUCAAAGAAAUAAAAACACAUCAAUCUCUCUUGUGUAGGCAAAGUUAUGAUAUUCACAUCAUGGCAGUAAUUGACCAGUCAGGAUUUAAGUCUGGCAAUACACUGGACCUAAAAAAUCCUUUCUUCAGGGCGCCCACUUGGCUUCGGGCAUAAAGUGUCCACAGCAGGAGCAUAGAGUGUGUCGACACCAGCAGGGCAUGAUUGGACAGAUUAGAUCAGUGCCACUCAGGCUGGGACUGAGCCCUUGGACUAGGCUGGGUACGCCUAGGAACAGGUACACCUGGCCUCAGACGUCAUCACAUCACUGUCCGCUUCCAUUUACACCUACGAUUUCUGAUAUGCCGAUUAGGCUACGCUAAAAAUCUGAUUCACUUUUUUAAUUCGGACCUGUAGAAAACUGGUUCUUGUGUUAAAAGAAGCAUGUGUGUUGAUAAGGCCCUGUUUUGAAAAUACAGACACAUAUGUGUUAGCUAUUUGUUAUGAGUCAUGAGUUUUUUUCUAAUAAUUUCAUAGUAAAUCUGUGCAGUGGAAUGUUUUAUAAUGGCUGAAUUCAAAAUGUUUAAAAAUAAAGUUGAAUUUUAAAAAUGUU